GGAAGCUUGACUGCACGCGUUGACAACGCAAGGAGCGGGUUAUUGCAAAGAAAAGCUAGCUUGCUAAUAUUAGCAUCGCUGAUAUUUGGCGUUGUUUGGACAAAAAAUGAUCUCGUCAAAUGAUAAAGCUGAUGUUGUGUUUGAAGAAGAUGAUCUGCCUUAUGAGGAGGAAAUCAUCAGGAAUCCAUACUCGGUCAAGUGUUGGAUGCGUUACAUAGAGUUCAAACAGAAUGGACUCAAGUCAACUCUCAACAUGAUUUAUGAGCGGGCUCUGAAAGAAUUGCCUGGCAGCUAUAAGCUCUGGUACAAUUAUCUUAGAGAGAGAAGGAAACAAGUUAAAGGCAAAUGCAUCUCUGAACCCAUCUAUGAAGAGGUCAAUAACUGCCACGAAAGAGCACUCGUGUUCAUGCAUAAGAUGCCGAGAAUAUGGCUUGAUUACUGCCAAUUCCUUGUGUCCCAAUGCAAGAUCACAAGAAGUCGACGAACAUUUGAUCGUGCACUCAGAGCUCUGCCAGUAACUCAGCACCCACGUGUCUGGCCACUGUAUCUUCGAUUUGCCCGUAACCUUCCCCUGCCCGAAACAGCCAUCCGGGUGUACCGCAGGUACCUGAAGCUUUCUCCAGAGAAUGCAGAGGAGUACAUUGACUACUUACGAUCUGUUGGCCGCUUGGAUGAAGCAGCUGUGCGUCUCGCUGCUGUUGUCAAUGAUGAAAGCUUUGUUUCCAAAGAGGGCAAGUCAAACUACCAACUGUGGCAUGAGCUCUGUGACCUAAUCUCCCAAAAUCCAGACAAAGUGACUUCUCUGAAUGUAGGAGCUAUCAUCCGAGGAGGCCUCACUCGCUUUACGGACCAACUUGGGAAACUUUGGUGCUCUUUAUCAGACUACUACAUCAGGAGUGGGCACUUCGAAAAAGCACGUGAUGUGUAUGAAGAGGCCAUCCUUACAGUGGUAACUGUAAGGGAUUUUACACAAGUGUUUGACAGUUAUGCCCAGUUUGAAGAGAGCAUGAUUGCUGCCAAAAUGGAAACGACAUCUGAGAUGGGGCAGGAUGAAGAAGAUGACGUGGACCUGGAACUUCGACUCGCCCGAUUUGAGCAGCUAAUAGCUCGGCGGCCUCUACUGUUGAACAGUGUCCUGCUCCGGCAAAACCCGCACAAUGUGCAUGAGUGGCACAAGCGGGUUAAGCUGUACGAGGGAAAUCCCAGGCAGAUCAUCAACACAUACACUGAGGCAGUACAGACCGUGGAUCCCAUGAAAGCCACAGGGAAGCCUCACUCGCUCUGGGUGUCCUUUGCUAAAUUCUAUGAAGACAAUGAACAGCUGGAAGACGCCAGGACUAUCUUUGAAAAGGCGACGAAGGUGAACUUCAAGCAGGUGGAUGACCUCGCAGCAGUGUGGUGUGAAUAUGGCGAGAUGGAGCUUCGCCAUGAGAAUUACGAACAGGCACUUCGCAUACUGAGGAAAGCUACUGCCAUUCCAUCCAAGAAAGCGGAGUACUUUGAUGCAUCUGAGCCAGUCCAGAACCGAGUCUACAAGUCCCUGAAGGUCUGGUCUAUGCUGGCUGACUUGGAGGAAAGUCUUGGCACUUUCCAGUCGACAAAAGCUGUCUAUGAUCGGAUUAUUGAUCUCCGAAUAGCCACUCCUCAGAUUGUCAUCAAUUACGCCAUGUUCCUUGAAGAGCACAACUACUUCGAAGAAAGUUUUAAAGCAUAUGAACGUGGCAUCGCUCUGUUCAGGUGGCCAAAUGUUUAUGACAUUUGGAACACUUACCUCACCAAAUUCAUUGAUCGUUAUGGCGGGAAGAAGCUGGAGCGAGCCAGAGAUCUGUUUGAACAAGCCCUGGAUGGCUGCCCCGCCAAGUUUGCAAAGACCAUCUAUUUGUUGUAUGCCAAGUUGGAGGAAGAGUAUGGUUUGGCACGUCACGCCAUGGCUGUCUAUGAACGAGCAACGCAAGCAGUAGAGACUGAGGAGAGGCAUCACAUGUUCAACAUCUACAUCAAGAGAGCGGCUGAAAUCUAUGGCGUUACAUACACCCGAGCAAUCUACCAGAAGGCCAUUGAGGUUCUUCCUGAUGAACACGCAAGGGACAUGUGUCUUCGAUUUGCGGACAUGGAGAGUAAACUGGGUGAGAUUGAUCGGGCCAGAGCAAUCUACUCCUACUGCUCCCAGAUCUGUGACCCCAGGGUGACGGCAAACUUCUGGCAAACCUGGAAAGAAUUUGAAAUCCGCCAUGGAAAUGAGGACACCAUCAGAGAGAUGCUGAGAAUUAAACGCAGUGUUCAGGCUACUUACAAUACCCAGGUCAACUUCAUGUCCUCUCAGAUGCUGAAGGCAACAACAAGCUCGACGGGCACCGUGUCUGAUCUUGUUCCUGGCCAAAUGGGAAUAGAUGACAUGAAGAUGUUGGAGCAGAAAGCACAGCAGCUUGCUGCAGAAGCGGAGCAGGACAAACCUAAGCCCAAAGAGAAGAUCCUCUUUGUCAGGAGUGACACCUCCCGCAGCGAGCUGGCUGAGCUUGCCAAACAAGCCAAUCCUGAUGAAAUUAACAUUGAUGAUGAUGAUGAAGACGAUGACGGCCAAGGGCCAGAUGAGGUGCAACUCGAACAGAAGAGCAUUCCCACUGCGGUCUUUGGAGGACUCAAAGAUGAUUAAAGGACAACUCACUCAUUGUUUUUUUGUUUGUUUGUUCUUUUUCCCUAAGACAUUGACUUCUUUUUUGUGAUUAUUUAGUUGAUUGAUUAUUAAGUUUGUUAAAUCUGCUACUAUCUUUUUUUUUCUUUUUAAUAUGGUGUUAAUAUUUUAUUUGGGUUAUCUCUGUUCUUUACACAUUCAUUAUUUUAGCCUUGGAUGCAAUGACUAGUUUUGGCCUCACGGUGUCAGUCCAACUCAACCAUGAGGCUGAAGAUGUUUCUGAGCAGUAAUGGCAUAAAAUUCUACUAUCUAGAUACCUGUGAAUUGUCAAGAGAAAAUGUCAUUUCACUUCCUUCGAAAACCAAACCUUGUUUAACAUGAAUUGGAAAAAAGCUCUUUAAUAAAUUGGAAUGACAAGAUCAGUUCAGCCCGAGUGGAAAAGUAGGGGAGGAGCAUAGUUUGUUCAGCAGAGAGCAUUCAUCUGAAAGUAGAGCUUAGUAUUCAAGCCUUGCAUUGUUACCUUGAGGAUCACAAGUAGGUGGGUGUCUUACAGAGCCCAAGGCCUCUUUCAUAACAUGUACAAAUGUCACAUUCCUCUUCCAGUGUUACAUGUGCAAGUGCCAUUGUAAAAAAAAAAAAAAAAAAAUGACAAGGGAUAUAAAACAUUUUCAUAGCA